CGACCUCCACCAAGUCUAGAACAUAACUGCAUCCCAUCUACUCUGGAGACGCGAGGAACAGGAACGGGAGAGACGGUGCUCAGAGGGAUUGUUCACAAUCCUUGUAUGUCGUGAAUGCUACGGGUUCUUCGCUCAUUUCGCGCUUGCAAAGUAACGAAAUCAAGAAAUUCGUGGCCCCGCAGCGCCAGCUUGUACAAGGCAUGCCAGUACCACACACAUGCUGCCCUUCGUGCGCAGGCUGCGCCAGCGCUGUCACCGCCCGCGACGGCUCAAGGCACGAACCACGAUCGGGAUGACGAAGGGAAGGAAGGGGAUCGUCCAGUCAACAUGGAACCGGUCACGAAGGCACUCCGGGAGAUGGUGCUUGUCAGCGGUCUGUCGAGCAACGUCUCGUUGGACGCGAAACGGAAGGACAAGGUCGCGGUGUCCUCGCAGCAUCUCGCGUUCGAGAACAUCAUACUGCUCCUCACCCAUCAUGGCCGGUACCACGAAGCUGGAGUCGUACACGGGAACAUGCUCGAUGCAGGCUUCAUCCCCUCCCCCGCGACCAACGCCGACAUGCUCGUCAUCGCACUCGCUGCCGAUCCCUCCGACGAGCGCGCCAUCCACACAGAACUCGCCGAAUGCUUCAAGCGAUCCAUAUUCGCCGAUCAGGACCUCCCCCCACUUAUAUCACUCAUGAAGCGCCUUGGACAUCCACCCUCUGUCAUUAUACCCGUCGUGGGCAUAUACCUCGCCGUCAAGACGCAGGACCCCUCAUACCGCCCCACACAAGGUCUCAUCAGCGACUUCGUGGAGCUGCAAAUGCAGGCGGGCAUGGAACAGGAAGCGCGUAUCACGCUGCGCCAGUACCACGGCCGCACACUAGACGCGUCCCUCGAGAAUCAGGCUGAGCUUCUGUCCAGCCUGACUGGCCACGACGAGAACGACGCGGAGGCCGACACGCGGCUCGUACGAGCGGGUCUGCGUCUUGCAACCCAGCGUGACGACCCCGACGCCGGUGUCGAUGUGCACAUCCUCAACGCGAUCCUUCACCGCCAGAUCGCGCAUGAGCGCUGGGAACUCGCCUUCGCGCUCUACGGCGUGCUUGUCGAGCUCGGCGCGCGCACGCCAGUGCGGCCCGACGGCGAGACCUUCCAGGCCGUCUUCUAUGCGACGACGCUCCUAUACAAGCCCGUCGUGGCCACGCGGAAUGCGGCGCGCAAGCAAGAGCUCGCGCAGCGAGUCCCGGAGAAUGCGGUGCCACCGUGGCGCGUAUUCCAAGACAUGAUGCGCUGGCAGUUCAACAAGGCGUACGAGCGCCCCGACUCAUCGGCGGCGCUAGCGCAGGCGUCGCUGGUGUCGGCGUUGCGCGCGCUGCUGGCGACAGAGGACUAUGCGGGGACGUGGGUCGCCCUGAGGCAGUUUGCGGAGCGGGGGCUGGCUGUGCCGCCGCAAGCGUACCUCUAUGUCGUGCGGCACCUGACGAAGCAGAUACGCAACAGUGUUGCUGCUACCCACGCAGAAGUCAGUAGCUACGCGGCCGCUGUCGAGCGUGGCACCGUGCAGCCGCGGGAGCGCGACCCCAUCUCGCGCUGGUAUGCCCACCUCAUCGGCGAGGACUCGACCCUAGACCUCGCCGACGACGCAGCCGUCGCCGCUCGGCUUUUGGCUCGCGGUCAAGAACCCAUCGAGGAACUCGCCGACCCUCCAUCCACUUCGGAGCAGGACGCCGCCGCACCCAUCCUCCCCACCUACGCGCACAUGACGCUCAAGAAGGUCUUACCGCCACGCACCUUCCUCCCGCCCACACCGCUCGAGAACCUCAUGCGUCGCGCCGUGCUGCUCUCCGCGCCCAAGGCGAAGCGGUGGGAGUACGACGGGCGGCCGGAGCAGGCGCGCGCGAUGGUGCAAGAGAAGCUCGACGAGGCGUGGCGCGCGAUGGUGCCGGAGGGCUUGGAGUAUUGGACGUGGCGGCAGGAUUGGCGGCGUGUGGUGCCGGCGAGGCACAGGCGGAGGCGGUAGCGGGCAUGGUGAGGGAUAGACCUUAGAGUCUGCUCCUCUCUCGAAGCCCCGUGCUCGCCGCACCCUGGCGUGCAUCCUCAGUCGCCACCGGUUACAUCGACUCCACCUUGGAGACGUCGGUCCUUCGGACCGCCCUCGCGUCGCAGGCUUCCGCUUACGGCCAAGCUUGUCCCCCGAACGCUGAGGGCAGCGCCUCGCCGCUGCGACGGAGGAUAUUGGAGGGCGAAGAGGAUACUAGAAAGUACUAAAACUAUGUUUGUCUAAUCAACGGCGAGUAUACCGCCAUAAUGCCGCUCCUUUGUGUACUUAAAAGGUAAAGCACGGCGGUCUGCGGUGUCUCAAG